GUGAGAGUGAAGGAUGGUGAGUUCGUAUAAUAUAUUGUAUUUCAAGCGUCGGCUCGCGUUUACUUUCUAACCAUCACCUUCUGUGUUCAAAGUUUUCACAGCAACGAAUAGUCACUCUUUUUUCGGAUUUCCUGCCUGUCAACCCUCACGCUCUCUACUUGUUUUCUAGGCUGACUGCAUGCGCUUCUUUACUCAGUUGUCAGUGUUACUGUCGUUCGUGCUAUCAUGGUACUCGGUGUCGGCCAGAAGUGCCCACCAAGUCAACCGACACCAUGGAAAGCGUCUGAAUUCGGACCUCGCCGUUCGCGCGCCAGGAGAUGUUGAUAUGUACAAACGUGAUUACGCCAAUUCCCGCUUCACAUACUAUGCGGUCGGUCUAGGUGCUUGUGGUACAACAAACAUACCCACCGACUUUAUUGUUGCACUCAAUUCAGACCAAUUCGGCAGCGGUUCAUAUUGCUACCAAAUGAUCACGAUCACUUGCAACGGAUUGACAGCGCAAGCUCAGAUUACUGACGAGUGUCCUGGAUGCCCCUAUGCUGGCCUUGAUUUUUCGCAAGGUCUUUUCGAGUUUUUCGCUCCACUUGGUGACGGUGUGAUCUAUGGUACAUGGUCCUUCGGUAGUGCCCCUGCUCCGGCACCGUCACCUACAACCACCUCGCAACCGCCCCCACCGCCAACCACUACCUCGCAGCCACCGCCACCGCCAACUACAACCUGGACCCCGCCUCCAUCUUCGACAACCUCGAGUCCCAGCCCUACUAGUACACCGUCCUCAUCUUCGACAAGCUCAAGUUCAUUCAGCUCCAGCUCCAGCUCCUCAACCUCAAGCACUUUUAGUUCUUCGUCGUCUUCGGCGUCGAGCAGUGCGUCGAGCACAACAAGUGCUGAUUCUGUAGUAGAGACCGCUGGGUCUGUCGGAAGCUCUUCCAGUCUCAUGGACCUCAACCUGGCAAUGGUGUACCUCGGCGAACUUCUUGGUGACGCUGAGGCGUAAUAUUAGCUGUUUCAGAUUCGCAGCCUGCUGCGGAUUUCUUGAUAAAAGUAUGGCGUUGCUAUAUCUACUUUGUGGACAUUUUUCGAGUUCGUUGAGAUUCGAAGGACUUAUUCUUCAGCCAGACGCUGCUAUACCCACAUAAUACCGUACAUCCCAUCACCUAUCCAAAGUUUUCGGGGGCGGUUUUAAACACUAGUCGAUGGUAUUGUUAUUACUCUUGAAUAUUGAAUGCCAGACUGGUUUGGUAGUAA